AUGAUACCAUACUGGGGAGGAAACACCCCCUGCCGAGGGACCUGGCUUCUCUGCUCGAGUGGGGUGUUGCAGCACCCGUUGAUUCCCAUUCAUACCGCUCCGGCCCUCGAUCCAUCACCACAGAUCCAUCACCCCCACAACCUCUCUCCGACCACGCAACUGAAAAUGAACCCCAACCUUGACUUCACCUACUCUGACAACACAUACUACUGCAAGCUCUGUCCCCUAGCGAGGGGGACAACGCAUUGGAGUCGCCAUGUCCGUUCUGCGGCCCACCAACGGAACGUCGAGCGGCUCAAGACCGCUGGCCAGCCAAUUUCUCCUCCGAGGCCGAUUUCUCCGGACCCCAUCGCGGCAGCAAGAGCUCCGCCCGCGCAAGCAGAAGAUGCUGUCUUCCACGUUGGCGGCCCGGGCUUAUUUGAACUCAACAAAGACCCCCCCAUCUCUGCCCCUUAUGUCCAGGGAUUCAUUGCCGCCCUCGCGGCGGACCAUGUACAUGCUCGCGCGAUUGAGGCGGCGACUGCCCAUCAGAGACCCGUUGCCCAGGCCUACUACUCACAGCUCCGUUCAGACCUCAUGGCCAUCGCUUGCCACAAGGGGGAUUGCAUCCCCGAAGAAGAUGCUCCGGUCGUGCGGACCGAUAAGAGGACCUUGUCGCUUCCUUGGUGA